AUGCACGCCUACGGCCGUCUGGAGAUCCUGAUGCAGUGGAUCGAGCAUUUGAUAGACGGACGGGAGGAUUUUUACGAUAACGUGGACGACAGAUUAACGACAAUCGUGCAGCAGCACGUUCGAAUCUUACAUUUUAUAUCGCUGACGAACAAAAUAUUGCGCGAAAUAUCUAUGGCGGAAAUUGUAGUAUGUACAUCAAGCAUGUGUUUUGUUGGAUACUUUGUUAUCGUGGAAUGGGAGAAUAAAGAGAUGACAAGUUAUGUAACGUAUGUUGUUUUAUAUAUAGCUGUUACGUUCAAUAUUUUUAUAUUAUGUUACGUUGGCGAGCUUGUUGCCGAAAAG